CUUAGGGAAAGGACAUCACCGGGCAGCGGGGGCGUCACGGCGCCAUGUGGGGAAAUCUUGUGGAAAACCUGGGAUUGAAGGAAGGCCUCGCCGAGUUCACUGAACAAUUCAACAAGGAUGCAAAGACCACCAUUGCAAAUACACAGUUUGCCAAGGAGAGGGGCAUCGAUGUGGCGAAACUUGACCAAUGGGAGCAGCACAUUCAGGAGCAGGCCAUUCACAAGACGACCGAGCUCCAUGAAAGAACCAUAGGGCGGGCAGUGGAAAGCUUAGCACAAGACGAGACCAUUGCACAGCUCUUGGAAUUGAAGCAGCGCGAUUCAUUGCCAGAGGGGGCUGCAGAUGAGGAGGUCACAAGUGCAGGUGCAAGCGGUGCUCAGCUAGAAGACGAAGGUCCGAUUGAGCAGCCUGAAGCGAAUGACUCUGAUGUGGCCCCAAGCGCUGAGCUGGUGCACGACACACAGGUACGCACCUCUACUGCGGAGCGAGCUGAAAGAGCUCCAAAGGCCAAAUGUGCUGGGCGUGCAGCCACGGAUGCCCGUCCACUGGGCCCAGCCACCGAACAGCUUGAGGUUGAGGUGGCUUCGCCAAGCCGCGAUGAGGCGUUCGCGCAUCUUGCAGAGCUGGAGGGCCGCCUGGCGGAGCUCUCUGGAGUCUCUGAUGAUGCCCUGCGGCAAGCGGACGAAGCCAAAGAAGAGGUGUUGCUACUGAGACGUGCGGCGCAGGAAAAGGACUUGGCCAUGGCACGGGCUGCAGAGGCCCAAGCGAGACUGGAGGAAGAUCUCAAGUCUUCGGCCAAAAGGUUGCAAGACUUCGAGGCCAACUUCAUGGAACGCCUCCAACGAGAGGUAAGCCAAAAGGAGCAGGAGCUUCUGGAUGAGGUAACCUACUUGCGCAGAGCCGGCGAGGCCAAAGAAAGGCGUAUUCAGGAUUUGCAGGCAGAAAAGGCCGCCAUGGAGCGCCGCUUCCUGGUGAAAGCAAGCGCUGGUGUCGACUCUGGAGACAUCAUGUUGGAGGCACACACGGCGAUUGCCAAAGCCUUCGGCGACGUGACAGUGCAGCACCCAUGCCUUCGGCUUCUCGAUGAGCCAAUGCUGAAAUUCAUGGCUGUACUAUUCAAGCAACCUCUCUUCCGCCGAAUGUUUGUGGUAGCCUAAGUGAGAGGAAAGGUUUGAACAGUUUGUGCAUCUUCUUGGAGUGCUUUGUCCCCUGCAGUUCGGCGCCACCACCCUCCUGUGGCUGUACGUGCUUUUGCUGAGUCUACUGCCCGGCGGAUCUGAAGUGAUACACACGUAAAAAGAAUAAUACCUGACCUUUCUGCAGCUCACUUCGGUGGAGCUGUUGCUUGAAAUCAGCAAAUGUGAAGGCCUUUGCUUCAUCAGCGAAUGUGUAAGAUCAGAGAUGGUCAAACAUAUGUGGGUAUUUAAACCGAAGUCCUCCC